GGGAGAUAAUAUAAUCUCCGCGUAAAAAUACUUGGAUGAAUGUUGCAUUGAAUAAUUUCAGCAGCAAAUCGAAUUCGAGAAUUGUAAUGAAGAGAACCAGUGGUUGGCUACUAAAUUAUUGUCAGAAAUUAAGUGGUGGAUUCGUUAGAAUUUAGAAAACAUGCAAGUAGAUGAGCGGCCAUCAAUUUUGAUUAAACAUGAAGCAAGCAUGACAGCUAAUGAAGAUGCCCAAGCAGAAUAUCAAGAAAAUCUCGAAGAUGUUCUUAAACAAGCCCAUAACAAUAAUCAAUCUACAGUAUUGAUAAUGCAGCAACACUUGCACCAACACAGACAAAAUGUUUCCUCAAGUAACAUUCAUAAUUCUGGAGUAAUGAAUUCAGAAACAGAUGAACAAGACUAUUCUGAUGAGCUUAGUUCUCGAGAUAAAGAUGAACUUAGAGAACAGGAUCGUUUUUUGCCGAUUGCAAAUGUAGCAAGAAUCAUGAAAAAAGCCAUUCCCAGUAGUGGCAAGAUAGCAAAAGAUGCAAAAGAAUGCCUACAAGAAUGUUUAUCUGAGUUUAUUAGUUUCAUCACUAGCGAAGCUAGUGAACGUUGUCAACAAGAAAAAAGAAAAACCAUUAAUGGGGAAGAUAUCUUGUUUGCAAUGACAACUCUUGGGUUUGAUAAUUAUGUUGAACCGCUCAAAGUUUAUCUUACGAAAUAUAGAGAGUCUAUUAAAGGAGAGAAAAUUUUAGGUAUGGGAGAAUAUUCGACAGGUGACGAAGCUUCAAUGACGCACACGCUGCAGUAUGACGUUGGAAGCAACGCAAUGCAUCCAAUGGUAAGUAAUGAUGGAACGUACGCAUAUACGCAAGCCCAAGUUUCUCAGCUUCAACAUCAACAGCAACAACAGCAAAGUUUACAUUUUAAUACGUGAAUUACCUUUCAAAUAAAAACAUUAUCUUGGAUUUGAAACUUAGUUUUAAAUUCAAUUUCAACUACAAAAUCAGCUUAAUGCAUCAGCUAAUGCAAAUAAUCCUAAACCACUGGGCAUUUUGAUCAAUACGUUGUACAUGCUAAAUCCCCGAUAUUUGCUCAGGCAUCUGUUUACCGAAUGCAGAUGAUUGGUGGCGCCAUUUUAUUCUUCUAUGUUGUUGCUUCUCACUUUACAGCUUCUUACAAUGUUAUUGUAUAUCAGCGCAAUAAAAUGGAUACAAGAUAAAGAUAUUAAAAUCAAAGUGAUUUUUAUAGAAAAUCUUUUGACAGUGAUAGUUUUUGAAAAAAAUAUUAAAAAUUUAUGUUAAAAGUGUUGAUUUCAUUGAGUACUAUAAAAUACGCCACUAAAGUAAAAACUUUGGUGCAAUUUUAAAAAAACUCAUUCCUUUUGUCGGCUCUAUGCUAAAUCUUUUAUCAGAUAGUAAGUUGGACGAAUAAAAAGUGAAAUGUUUUGUCGUUUGUAAGUUAAACGAAUUUUCUAGAUUUAGAUGUGAUAUGAUUAAAUACUUCUCAAUAUGUUUGUUAAAUAGAAAAGAAAAGAUAAUAUUAUGUUGAACAGAAAAGAAAUAUUCUAAAAAGUUUUUUUAUUUAUUUUUAUU